AGACCAAGAAGCUCAGAAUCUUCAGCUAGCCAGACCAUCACCAACAGAAACUCAUUCAGUAGGUCAGUUCUCUCCAUACCCAAGUCAAGAUUCGGUGAACAACUGCCCAUUAUGCAUGAAGAGACUAGUUCAGUUCAGGCAACUGCUGAAAAUUCCGGCAAUGCUUCAUCCAAUAGGGAGUCCCCGAAUGAAAUCUCAUUGGAGAGGAGUAAAUCCUCCUCUGCAAAGAAGGCACCGCCGUCUCCGGGCAGAGCAGAAGAUGAUGAUGAGGAUGAAGAGGUUUACAAGGUGCCUGAUUUGAGGGUGAGCAAGAAGAUCUUGAUUGAGUGGUUUGUUUUCCUGUGCAUUUUGGGUUGUUUAGUGGCUAGCUUGACUAUGAAGAAACUACAGCAUUGUAUGGUUUGGGGAUUGGAGAUUUGGAAAUGGUGUGUGCUUGUUAUGGUGGUAUUUAGUGGCAUGUUUGUUACCAAUUGGGUUAUGCAUUUGAUGCUUUUUGUGAUUGAGGGAAACUUUUUGCUUAGGAAGAAGGUGUUGUAUUUUGUUCAUGGAUUGAAGAAGAGUAUUCAGGUUCUCAUGUGGGUGAGUCUGGUUCUUCUCACAUGGCUACUCUUGAUCAAACGCGGGUUUCAGCAAUCACAAGGUUCCAGUAAGAUUGUGGCUUACAUCACGCGAAGUAUUGUUGCAGGCGUUAUUGGCGCAUUUUUGUGGUUGUUGAAGACUUUGUUGGUUCUGAUCUUAGCAUCUAAAUUUGAGGCGGUCACCUAUUUUGAUAGAAUUCAAGAAUCGAUACUCUUUCAAUAUAUUCUUCAGGCAAUUUCAGGAACUCCGUUUAUGGAAGAGGAUUAUGAACGAUCACGAGGCAGUAGCAAACUGAGUUACAGAGAGACUAAGAAGGCACAGGCAGAAGGGGUCUCCAGGACAAAGAUCAGGGCAGAAAGGGAGGUCAGUGACAAGUCAAAGAUUCAAGGAUCAAAUGUUUCUUCUUGGACCUUGAAUGGAUUGGUGAAUGUAGUAACCAGUUCAGGGCUGACCAUCUCUCUAAAAGGACAUAGUGGUAAAGAGAUUACCAGUGAGAUGGAAGCAACUGCUGCUGCAGACGACAUUUUCCUUCAUGUCGCUCCUCCUGGUGCUAAGUACAUUGAGGAGUGGGAUCUCAUGAGGUUCAUGACGGAGGAAGAAGUAGACCUUGUAUGGCCGCUGAUUGACGUAGCAAUGACCGGAAAAGUUGACAGAAAAACUCUAACAGACUGGGUGCUGAAGGUCUACACUGAUCGCAAAGCAUUAGCUCAUGCAUUGUCUGAUACCAAAGCAGUUACAGCGCAAGUCGACAAUCUUGUGACUAGCAUUGUGUUCAUUAUCAUCAUCGUCGUGAGCCUUCUAGUUGUGGAAAUUGCAACCACAAGCUUUUUUGUGUUCCUAUCAUCACAGCUGGUAUUAGCAGCUUUUGCUUUCGGAAACACUUGCAAGAAUGUAUUUGAAUCUAUCAUGUUUCUAUUUGUGGCACAUCCUUAUGAUGUUGGAGACUGCAUUGUUUUUGAUGGCGUUCCGAUGAUAGUUGAAGAGAUGAGCAUCUUUACUACGGUUUGCUUGAAACUCAGUAGUAACGAGAAGGUGUACUAUCCAAAUUCCGUGUUAUCUGCAACAUCAAUAAGCAAUUACACCAGAAGUCCAGAUAUGAGAGAAGCUGUGGAGUUCUCAAUUGCUUUAACACCAGUGGAGAAUAUAGUCAAGUUGAAAGAGAAAAUAAAGGAAUACAUCGAGGGGAAGCCUCAAUAUUGGCAUCGAAAACACAAUGUGGCGGUGAUUAACAUUGAAGAUGUUAACAAGUUAAAGAUGGCCGUAUAUUGUCAUCACAAAUUGAACUUUAGAGAUUUCGAGGAAAAUAAUUUGCGUAGAGCUGAGCUAAACUUCGAAUUGCUGAAGAUUCUUGAAGAGCUAAACAUCACAGUGAUGUCAGAUGUAUCCUCCCCAAAACUGAAUCACACUCCAACAGAUAAGAUAUGCAUUUAACACUUUGCUUCCUAAAGGAGGUCCAAGUACUCAACCUGAUAUCGGGUUA